AUGCCUAUAGCGCUAUCUCCUCCCUUCCGGCCAAGGAAUGGCUUGACCAAGUUCACAAACUGCCGCCUUGUGCGCGGAGACAAGCUGGUCCGAGAAGAUCUCUGGGUCAGCUCUCUGUCGGGCAAAAUCAUCAACAGCCAAGCCGCCUUUUUCGACGACCUCGUUCUCCCAGACCAGACCAUCGACCUCGGCGGCCGCAUCGUCUCGCCGGGCAUGAUAGACGUGCAGCUCAAUGGCGCCUUUGGGUUCAACUUUUCUACGCUUCUUGACGACAUGUCACAGUACGGCAAGAAGGUCAAGGAGGUGCAAAAGUUGAUUGUCAAGACGGGCGUCACAUCGUACAAUCCCACCAUCACCAGCCAGCGGCCAGAGCUAUAUCAGAAGGCUCUUCCGUUCCUGGGACCAUCAGGACACUUGCAAGAGGCCGAAGAUGGGGCCGAGUCGCUCGGCGCGCACUGCGAGGGCCCGUUUCUGAGCCCGACCAAGAACGGCGUGCACAAUGUCGACGUCCUGAUAGAGGCGCAGACAUUCGAGGACCUCGAGGCCUGCUACGGCAAGCACAAUCUCUCCCCGCGGGCCGAGGGCGAGCAGAUCCCCAUCAAGUACAUCACGGCGGCGCCGGAGCGCGGCCAGAUGAUGAAGCUGAUCCCGGAACUCACCAAGAAAGGCAUCAUCUACUCGGUGGGACAUUCCGAGGCCACGUACGAACAUGCGUCCGAGGCCGUCGGGCUGGGCGCAACCAUGAUCACUCACCUGUUCAACGCGAUGCGCCCGCUGCACCACCGCAACCCGGGCAUCUUUGGAGUCCUGGGCAUCGCCGAGAGCCUUCCGCGGCCGUACUUUGGCAUCAUCGCCGACGGCAUCCACCUGCACCCAACCACAAUCAAGAUUGCCUUCAACGCACAUCCCGACGGAUUCAUCCUCGUCACCGACGCCAUGCACCUGGUGGGAUUGCCCGACGGCGCCUAUCCGUGGACCAACGGCGACACCACGUGUAACAUUGUCAAGGUGGGAUCCAAGCUGCUGUUGGAGAACUCGGACACCAUUGCCGGCAGCUCCAUCACCCUCCUCGAAUGCGUCAACAACUUCCUGCAAUGGACAGGCACCGGAAUCCCACACGCGCUCAAGGCGGUCACGGCCACCCCAGCUGCCAUGCUGGGCCUGCAGGGCGUCAAGGGAUCGCUCGACGCCGGUGCUGACGCUGACCUGGUCAUCUUUUCAGAGGCGCAAACUCCGGGGCAGCCCAGCACGCUGGUACUGGACGAGGUGUGGAAGUUUGGCACCAGAGUCCAUCGUGCAAGUGCCCUCUAA